CACAUUCCCCUCUCUCUCUCUCUCUUCUUGUUAACGAUGAUUAUUAGAGAGAGAAGGACAGGAACACGAACAAAAACAAAGCCCACUUUGUCUCUAACCCUUUGUGAAGAGCAAGAAAAACACGCAACAAAACAUCAAAUUCCUCUGUUUCUUUCAGAGAGAGAGAGGAAGUUUCUGGAGAAUUCACGAUAUCAGAAGCAGCAGAGUGGAGAAGACGAUGAUGGAUUGAAUGAAAUUGGAGAGAUAAGAGACAUAAAUCUAGAAGAAGAUACGGAGGAAAAUAGAAAAAAAAAGGUCAGGUUUUUAAAGAGGGAAGGAAGAGUCGUUAUUGCAGAAGUAGAAGAGGUUUCAGUGUUCUUUUUCACUCUGAUCAGAGAGAGAGAGAGAGAGAGAGAGGAAACAAAAAAGUCAAAAUUUUGCAGAGACCGAUCCAAGUUGCUUCCUUUUGGGUUAUGUAACAAAAUUUUGCAGGUGCCCUUCUUCUUCUUCUUCGAAAUCUGCAGAUUUUCAGACAAGGACCCAUUUAGAUCUCUGGGUUCUUCUUCUUUGUCGAUGUAUAUGUACAUUUGAGCCUGUCUUUCCUCUCUUCUAUCUCUCUCAUACGAAAAAAAAGGAAUUUUUGUUGUCUUGUGAGUGCUCGAAUCCGUGAGAUUAGGGUUUUCUUUUGUCGUAAUCAGCUGUGGCUACGACGAGGAGGCAUAAUCUGCCGACGUCGGAUUCGGGUGCCUUCGCCGAUUGGGCGGCGACGACAUCCUCACGCGCCUCCGACGAUCUCUCCCUCGGCUUCAAUGCUCCUCCCUCCGUCGCUGCAGCUCCGUCUUGGCAUCCCGGAGCCACCGCACGCUUCGGCUUCCCUACUCCGUCUCCGGCGGCGACCGAGAUGGGCAUGGUCGGUCUCCGCGACGUCUUCGUCGUCGCUCCGGCUUACCACCAUCACCACCAGGACCCCUCAUCCUCCACCUCCGCCGCCGGAGAUCAUCACAUAAACGGCUCGGCUGCGACCGCCCUCGGCGUUGGCGUCAUCCCUCUCCUCACCGCUUCGCCGUGCAUAGCCGCCGCCGCCACUGCUCCGCCGCAGAACGUGGAUGAUAAGAUAGCCGGAAUUCAGCUUUGGCAACAAAACCAGUACUUCAAGAACCAACACAACAACACUCUCUCUCCAAUGAACCUUAUGCAAACCGGCUUAGUCACCGCCGCCGCAACCGUCGGCGGAGGAGUGGGGUCGACCUCGAACUCGGGUUCAGCCUCGGGUUCGGGAUCAGCCACUUGUCAAGACUGCGGGAACCAGGCGAAGAAGGAGUGCAGCCAUCGGAGGUGCCGGACUUGCUGCAAGAGCCGUGGCUUUGAUUGCUCUACUCACGUGAAGAGCACGUGGGUCCCAGCAGCUCGCCGGCGGGAGCGGCAGCUCAUGACGGCGACAACCUUCGCCGGCGGUAAUGCGACGGGGUCCUCAGUUUCGACGUCCGGGACGAAGAAACCGCGGCUGCAACAGCAAACUACGUCUCAUACUUCGACUUCUAAUAACACACCUCCUCAGAGCUUUGACACCAGCUCUAGUCACCAAGACGGGAGAUCGCGGGAAGGCUGGCCGGAGCAGAUCCGAGCCCCGGCUGUGUUCAAAUGCGUGAGAGUGACGGCUUUGGAGGACGGAGAGGACGAGUACGCGUAUCAGGCGGUGGUAAAGAUCGGCAGCCACGUCUUCAAAGGCCUUUUGUACGAUCAAGGAGUCGAUCCUAAAGACGGUUUCCCAAACAUAUCCGAUUUGCAUUUAGGCGGAGGCGGCCGGAGCAAUGCCAGCAACGGCAAUAACAAUAACGGGGCGACGGCUUCGUCGCCCAUGCUCGACCCGCACGAUGUUUAUGGUGGCGGUUCUAGUGGCGGCGGUGGAGGGUUUUUGGGUAAUUCCGGUUAUGGUUAACCAAUGAAAUUCGGAUUUGAGAUUUGGAACAAUGCAGAUAUAGAAUUCUGCGAUCUUUUCUUGGUUUUUGUAUCCUUAGGGUUGGUUCCAUGGUGAAGUUGGUUACCCCACUUUGCAGUGGUAACUCCUCUUCAUCUCCUAAUUACAAAUGAAUAGUUUUUCUAUUACCGGAGGAAAAAAAGGGAAAUUUUCAAAAUU